UGAGAGAGAGAGAGAGAGAGAGAGCGAUAUUGUCGCGGCUCGGAGCGUGUGUUCUUCCCUUUCACCAGCUAAACUGAAAUGGAAACAGAAUGGGAAAAUGUUAGACGCUGAACGUCAGUGACAUCAAGGAAAGGAUAAAGACAUUAAGUGCAUAAUUGGGCACAACUGUAAUUAUUGGUGCUUUGAAUGUAUAAGGCUCGCUCUUGUUAUACUCGUGCGCGCUUAUUCCAUCUUGACAGUACACCGUAGUGGUUCCACUGGGUUCAACUUUCACAUCUGGCUCAAUUUCUGUGCUGAUAAUUGCUUCAAUUAGGCUACACCCUGCAUUCCAGGUGAGUCUCCUCGCGGAUGAAAAGUCGUUUUGUGGUGUAGGCUACAUGCAGCUAUGAGGAAUAGAGACUACAUUUUUCAAUGUCUGUUCAUCUGCCUCUCGUUGACGGUCGUCUGGCAAACGAGGCCAGUCAUUGCUGAUCCUACAACAGAUGCCUUCAAGAACAACAUCACUCUCUUCACACGGAUCCUCGACAGACUUCUAGAUGGCUAUGAUAAUCGCCUUCGACCCGGCCUUGGGGAUCGUGUAACAGAGGUGAAUACCAAUGUCUACGUCACCAGCUUUGGCCCAGUUUCAGAUACAGACAUGGAAUACACGAUAGACGUGUUCUUCCGGCAAAGCUGGAAAGACGAGAGGUUGAAAUUUGACGGGCCCAUGGACAUACUGCGGCUGAACAACUUGAUGGCCAGUAAAAUAUGGACUCCGGACACGUUCUUCCACAACGGGAAGAAGUCGGUGGCUCACAAUAUGACCAUGCCCAAUAAACUACUGAGGAUUCAAGACGAUGGCACCCUACUUUACACCAUGAGGUUGACGGUUCACGCGGAGUGUCCUAUGCAUCUGGAAGAUUUCCCCAUGGACUUCCACUCAUGUCCCCUGAAGUUUGGCAGCUAUGCCUAUACGAUGUCAGAGGUAACUUACGUCUGGACCAGUAAACCCGCCGACUCUGUGGUGGUGGAAGGCGAGAGCUCCCGUUUGAACCAGUACGACCUGCUCGGCCAAACAGUGGGCCAAGAAACCAUCAAGUCCAGCACAGGCGAAUAUACUGUCAUGACGGCACAUUUCCAUUUGAAGAGGAAGAUUGGUUACUUUGUGAUACAGACCUAUCUACCAUGCAUCAUGACUGUCAUCCUCUCCCAAGUGUCCUUCUGGCUGAACAGAGAGUCCGUGCCAGCUAGGACUGUGUUUGGUGUAACCACUGUGCUGACAAUGACCACCCUGAGUAUAAGUGCUCGUAACUCCCUCCCCAAGGUGGCAUACGCCACGGCCAUGGACUGGUUCAUCGCUGUCUGCUACGCCUUUGUCUUCUCCGCCCUCAUUGAGUUUGCCACCGUCAACUACUUCACAAAGCGCGGCUGGGCCUGGGAUGGGAAGAGCAUUGUGAAUGACAAGAAAAAAGAGAAGGCCUCCGCCAUGAAGAAGAACAACGCGUACGCUGUGGCGGUGGCCAACUAUGCACCCAACAUCACCAAAGACUCUGGGUUGUCCACCAUCGCCAAGGGCGGCGCUCCUGACCCCAACAUGGCGGUUGGCAAGGUGGGUGGCAAGGCAGACCCAAAGAAGACUUUCAACAGUGUGAGCAAAAUCGAUAGGAUUUCGAGGAUUAUGUUCCCGGUCCUGUUUAGCAGCUUCAACUUAGUCUAUUGGGCCACAUACUUAAACAGAGAACCUUAUAUAAAGGAUAUGGUGCGCUCAACCUAGAGGCCUCUCCCUCCUGCAUUGUAAUAUAUCCGAAUUACGGGACUAAAAGACUUAGCAAAUAUGACUAGUAUCUGCUAACUCUUGGUUCGUUGGUACAAGACAGACAAGCCCUGGAUUGCUUUGUGUCCUCUUUCCUGUUUUUUCUACACCACUUUCUGCAG